AUGUCGUUGAGAACUGGUAUUGCUAAUAGUUCGGGAUCAACAUCGAAUCAGUUGAAUAAUCCAUUUGGUAUAACACUUGAUCAAUGGUAUAAUAUCUAUGUAGCGGAUCGUUUAAACAAUCGAGUUCAACAUUUCUGUAAUGGAAAUAUGACAGGUAUAACAAUUGCUGAAAGUAGCACUGGUGGUAGUAGCUUGAGUGCUCCAUAUGGUGUCAAAUUGGAUUUCCAACUUAAUUUGUAUGUCACCGAAAACAGCGGUCAUCGUGUAAGUAAAUUUGCUAAACUAUAA